CUAGUAGGAAAUGAGCUGCACGCAGACAGGAGACGAAAUCCGUCAUUGCGCGUUUAAACGCGAUAUAUUUACAAAAUCAUCCCUCAUUAUAGAGAAGCGCUGUCGCUAACCGGAACAGGACACAAGACCGAGCGGAACCGUAUUUAUAUCUGUUUAGCGAUCGUUUUUACUCUGAAAAUCGCCAGUGAGGAUCGGGAUGGAUCGCAUGAUGUCUGGAGACUGUGUGGAAACGGAGAGAGAUCUGCGCCUGCCAAGAGUUGAUGGAGUUUCUGUGAACAAAUGAAGGACACCCGACUGAUAUUUUAUUAUUUUAUUCUUCAGUGAAAUAAAGUGCAUGAUGUUUGACUGUAUGGAUGUGUUAUCGGGACACAUGCUGGAGUUUUACUCGUCCAGUUCCUCGUCGUGUAUGUUACAGGAGAAAGCGCUCAAAGCGUGCUUCAGCUGGCAACACCGACGCACCAAACACUCCAUCGAGACUCAGAGCACCAGUUCAGAGGAAUUGGUCCCCAGUCCUCCAUCACCUCUACCCCCUCCUCGUGUCUACAAACCCUGCUUCGUCUGCCAGGACAAGUCCUCGGGGUACCACUAUGGUGUCAGUGCCUGUGAAGGCUGCAAGGGUUUUUUCCGCAGAAGUAUCCAGAAGAACAUGGUGUACACAUGCCACAGGGAGAAGAACUGCAUUAUCAACAAGGUGACUCGGAAUCGCUGUCAAUACUGCCGGCUGCAGAAGUGCUUCGCUGUGGGGAUGUCCAAAGAGUCUGUCCGGAAUGACAGGAAUAAGAAGAAAAAGGAGAUUCCAAAGCAGGAGUUGGCCGAGAGUUAUGAGAUGACAGCAGAACUAGAGACCAUCAUCGAGAAGAUACAGAAAGCUCACCAAGAGACGUUUCCCUCACUCUGCCAGCUGGGCAAGUACACCACGAACUCCAGUGCGGAUCACCGCGUGCGCCUGGAUCUGGGUCUCUGGGACAAGUUCAGUGAACUGGCCACUAAGUGCAUUAUUAAAAUCGUGGAGUUUGCCAAACGAGUUCCUGGUUUCACUGGACUCACUAUCGCCGAUCAGAUCACACUGCUCAAAGCCGCCUGCCUCGACAUAUUGAUACUGCGUAUCUGCACACGUUACACCCCCGACCAGGACACAAUGACGUUCUCUGACGGUCUCACGCUGAACCGCACACAGAUGCACAACGCUGGCUUCGGCCCGCUGACAGACCUGGUGUUCACCUUCGCCAACCAGCUCCUGCCCAUCGAGAUGGACGACACAGAGACGGGACUGCUGUCUGCCAUCUGCCUCAUCUCCGGAGAUCGCCAGGAUUUGGAAGAGCCUUCAAAAGUGGACCAGCUCCAGGAACCCCUGCUAGAGGCUCUGAAAAUCUACGUGCGAAAGCGCAGACCCAGCAAGCCACACAUGUUCCCCAAGACCCUGAUGAAGAUCACAGACCUGCGCAGCAUCAGUGCUAAAGGUGCAGAGCGAGUGAUCUCUCUGAAGAUGGAGAUCCCAGGAUCAAUGCCUCCCCUCAUCCAGGAGAUGCUGGAGAAUUCAGAGGGUCAGGACGGACAGAGCUCCUCAGAGCGGAGCUGCACGGGCAAAAACAGCAGCAGCUCCACGGAGCCCAAAGCCUCGGCCCCCUCCCCAGAGCCCAACGGCGGGGCCACCUCCUCCAGCGAGGAGCCCUAG